UCGUGACAGCUCGCAAGUAUCUUAUUGAGUUAUUUCUCUUUCCUAGUAACAUCUCAAUUUUUACCAUCAAAUUGAAUCAAAACUUAUCAUCAACUUUUGCUUAAACUUUUAACUUAACUUUUUUAUUUCUGACAAAUUCACCAAAAACUUCAUUUUUGCAAAAAACUCUUCAAUAAAAUAAAUAAAAAUAUUUUAAAAAAGUGAAUCGCAAUGACUUUAUCAAAAAGUUCCUCUUUAUUCGCCUUCGAAUUGAAAUAGUGGUGUAAAUUUUUGACAUACAAUUGAAUUUCAUACGAAAUAAAAUAUAAAAAUGUCAACAAGAAAUAAUGAAGUUAAAGUGUGUAAAGAAAAGGCGGAAUCAAUUCGCGGUACAUGGGCAAGUAAAACCGAAUUUUUGCUAUCAUGCGCUGGAUAUGCAAUCGGGUUGGGAAAUGUUUGGAGAUUUCCAUACUUAUGUUAUCGUAAUGGUGGAGGUGCGUUUCUUGUGCCUUAUCUAUUGAUGCUCUUCACGUGUGGCAUUCCCUUGUUUUUUAUGGAAUCUUCUUUAGGACAAUUUGCAGGAACUGGUUGCAUAACUGUGUUCCGUAUCAGUCCUAUAUUUAAAGGAGCUGGUUUUGCUGUUGUUAUUGUAAAUAUUAUUUGCACAAUGUACUACAAUGUUGUAAUAUCCUAUCCAAUAAUGUUUUUAAUGAUGUCCUUAAGAAGUAAACUGCCUUGGGAAGAUUGUGAUAAUCCUUGGAAUACACCAAGUUGCAUAAAAAUAAAUGAUGCUCAGUUUAGAAACACAUCCAAUGUCAGUGGAAUCCUAAAAAAAGUUAAGACUCCCGCCGAAGAGUUUUUCAACUUACAUAUAUUACAAAUAUCAUCCGGAGUCCAUGAAAUGGGUGGAAUAGUAUGGCCAUUGUUUACUUGUAACGUUGUUUCAUGGAUUAUCGUCUUCCUCUGCAUCUGUAAUGGCGUCAAAAGUGUGGGGAAGGUUGUUUAUUUUACAGCAACAUUUCCGUUUGUUAUUUUAUUCAUACUAUUAAUUAGAGGGGUCACAUUACCGGGAGCCAUAGAUGGAAUAUUAUUUUAUAUUACUCCCAAGUGGUCUGAAUUAACAAACUUAAGGGUGUGGGCUGAUGCUGCAAUACAGAUAUUUUUUUCUCUUGGUCCCGGAUGGGGUGGAAUUGUUAAUAUGGCCAGUUAUAAUCAAUUUAAAAAUGAUAAUCGAUAUGAUUCCAUUUGGAUACCGAUUUUGAAUUGUGGAACGAGUAUUUUCGCUGGAUUCGUCGUGUUUUCUGUUUUGGGAUUCAUGUCUUACAGUACUGGACUACCAAUUCAGGAAGUUGCUACAGGUGGUCCUUCUCUGGCAUUUGAAACCUAUCCAGAAGCACUAACGAUGCUACCGAUCCCACAAUUUUGGUCGAUAUUAUUUUUCUCUAUGUUAUAUUUCCUUGGAAUGGACAGUUGUUUCGUACAAAUAGAGGCAAUAAUAUCGAGUAUCACAGACGCAUAUCCGAAAUUACGUAAGCACAAACUUUUGGUUACGCUGUCAGCGCUGUUCGUUUUAUUUCUUGGCUCAAUAAUGUUUGUAACGAAUGGCGGCAUGUAUCUGUUGCAAGUUUUUGACUGGUAUGCAGCUUCGAUUUCAGUGAUAUCUAUUUGUCUUGCUGAAGUUAUUAUUGUUGGAUGGAUUUAUGGUUGCGACAAUUUCGUCCGAGAUCUCGAAUUUAUGUUAAGAAAAAAAAUCCAUCCAUGGUGGCCAUUCUCCUGGAAAUAUGUCACGCCAAUAAUUUUAUCUUUUAUUUUUGUAACGACAAUAAUAUUUAAUACCCGAAUUACGUAUCGGGGUGUCCCGUACCCGGAGUGGGCAGUUUUGGUUGGUUGGUGCUCUUGUAUGACCAGCAUGCUCUGUAUUCCUGGAUACGCUAUCUAUCAUUUUAUCACUGCCAAGGGAACCUUCAGAGAAAGAUUCGAGGCCGGCAUAAGUCCAACUCCUGAGUGGGGACCGCACGAAAAAAAAAAUUUUGACGAAUGGAAAAAAUUCAUCAGCAGAAACAACAAAAACUCUCAUUCGCUGUCAAAUAUUAAUGUCUACAAAGUCACGAAUCUUUGAUCGACAUGACCCGAUCUAUCCAUCAGCUGUC